AUGGCGAGUAAAUGUACAAAGUGCGUAAAAGUUACUAAAGACGUUGUGCAAUGUGUGCAAUGUUUUCAAUGUGAAAAUAUUUUUCAUGCAAAAUGUGUUGGAGUAAAUGAUGAGGUUGUUGAGGUAACACGUACUUUGUUGAAUUUCAAAUGGUACUGUGAUAUUUGUUUGAAGACGGUAUCCAACAUUAGAUUAUUGACAAAGACAGUAAAUGAUAAUAACAAUGAAAUCAAGUUGAAGGUGGAUCAAAUUAAUGCUGCGAAUAUUUCGUUAAAACAUGAACUGGACAUGAUCAAAAGUAUGAUUAAAGAUAAUGAUUCAAAAUUAGAAAAGCUUGAUGAACCAGGUUCCAAGUUAAGUGUUGAAAUUGAUCAUUUUAAAAGUGAAUUGCAAAAAACAUGGGUAAGUGUCGUUGGCCAGGAGGUUAAAAAAGGUAUGCAAAGCAUUAAUGUUGAAGUAAAAACAGUACAAAAAACAUUAGAUGAGGCACAGGAAAUAAAAGAGAGAGAAAAAAACAUUAUGAUGUUUAAUGUAACUGAAGGAGAUAAUGACAGAGAUCGAGUCAAGGAAAUAAUCAAGAAACUGUCGAGUGAUAUCAAAGAUUCUGAUAUGAAAAGAAUAAUAAGACUGGGUAAAAGGGUUGAAUCAACAAAUAGGCCAAUUUUGAUAGUGAUGGAUAACAUUUCAGCUAAAGAGUUGGUGAUGAAGAGUUCAUACAAACUUAAGCAAAUGUCUGAAGAACUUAGUAAGGUAUGGAUUGCCAAUGAUCUGACUGCUGAACAGAGGAGUGAAUUGAAGAGUUUGAUUGCUAAUGCAAAGACAAGAGAAGCUGCAUGUACGGGAGGUUUUUUAUACAGGAUCAAAGGACCUGUGGGAAAGUGGCGGAUCGUGAGUUUCAAAAAAUUACCUGUGUUAAAGACUUUUGAGGCAUUAGCCAUUAAAUUAAAAAUAAAUGGAACUCAUAUUGUUUUAUUGGCUGUUUAUAGACCAGGAUCGGCUUUAAUUUCAUCUCUAUUCUUUCAGGAGCUUGUUGCUGUUUUAGAGAUAAUAUCCUUGCUUAGUAACAAUGUUGUCUUAGCUGGUGAUUUUAAUGUGCAUGUAGAGAAACACAUGGAUCCUCACAGUGCGUCAUUAUGUGAGAUUUUUGGUAAUUUUAAUCUUGUUAAUAGAAUAAAUGAACCAACGCAUGAAUUAGGAGGUGUGUUAGACCUGAUUAUCACUUCUUUGUCUUUUCCAGUUUUCGAUAUUCGAGUUCUGCCUCCGGGAGUUUUUUCUGAUCAUGGUUUGGUUCAGGCAUGUUUAUCAAUUGAUCAAGUUAUAAGAAUGAAAAAAAAGGAUGGUUCGAUCUUGGAAAAACAUGAAUCACGAUCGUUUUAUUUCUUUGGUUCUUGA